UUGGACUCAACCAACUGUACAGGAUUCGAGUUCCUUUUUUCCCUUCAUUCCUUCAUUCCUUGUUUCAUUGUUUAAAGGUGACUUGCUUCUUGUACUGGGAUAUUUAAGCAAGUUUUGGAAUCUUACAUUCGUAUUUCAAGCGUAUCUUCUUUCGCACCAAUUUCUGAGACUUUCGAACAUGGCUUAUAAAGGGGAUGAAGUGAAAUUUAAAGGCAUUCCUAUGAAGUAUAUAGCGCUGGCAUUGUUGACGAUUCAAAACAGCGCUCUUAUUUUGACCUUAAAUUAUUCGCGUGUUAUGCCUGGUUAUGAAGAUAAGCGAUAUUUUACAUCUACCGCCGUUUUGUUAAAUGAGUUGAUCAAGCUGAUUGUAUGUUUUAUAGUUGGCUACUACCAAUUCCGCAGAAAUGUGGGCAGUGAAGCUCGCUUAAGAGCCUUUUUACCUCAAAUCUUUGGUGGAGACAGUUGGAAACUUGGAAUUCCUGCUUUCCUCUAUACAUGUCAAAACAACUUGCAGUAUGUUGCAGCUGGUAACCUAUCGGUUGCCAUUUUCCAGGUGACUUAUCAGUUAAAAAUCCUUACUACCGCUAUUUUCUCUGUCGUGUUGCUCCAUCGCAAGCUCGGCCUUACAAAGUGGGUGUCUCUCUUCAUCUUGACUGGUGGUAUCGCUAUCGUGCAGCUGCAAAACUUGGCUUCUGAUAGUACAUCACCGGCCUCUACGUACAUGAAUCCAUUGACUGGAUUUACAGCUGUUCUUUCUGCUUGCUUAAUUAGUGGUCUAGCUGGCGUUUAUUUUGAAAAGGUUUUGAAGGGUACGAAUCCCUCUCUGUGGGUCCGUAACGUUCAACUUUCCUUCUUUUCUAUUGUGCCUUGUAUAUUCACCAUCCUCGUUAGCGACUACUCCAACAUUGCUCAAAAAGGUUUCUUUUACGGUUACAAUCCUGUCGUUUGGUUCGCUAUCCUCCUUCAAGCGUUCGGUGGCAUCAUUGUUGCACUCUGUGUUGCUUUUGCUGAUAACAUUAUGAAGAACUUUUCCACUAGUAUCAGUAUCAUUUUGUCUUCUUUGGUGAGUGUUUACUUGUUGGAUUUUAAGAUCUCAUUUGCCUUUGUUGUUGGAGUAGCGUUCGUCAUUGCCGCCACGUUUCUAUAUACAAAGCCCGAGCAAAAACCGGUUGAUCAAGGGAACUAUAUUCCUUUAACUACACAGGAGGCUGCUUCCGGUGACGCCGCCGAGUCCAACGUAACCAAGAAUUAAGCGCAAAAAGCUCAAAAAAGGACUCAACAGUGAUAAUAUUUUUAUUUUUAUUUUUUUUUGUUAUAGUUUUCCAAACUUGGUUGUUUUCUUCUUUCCACUCAAUUCUACUCUAUUCGAUUUCGGUUCACAUUCUUUUUACAGGCUCUCUCAAAAACGCUUCAUUUUAAUUUACUCAACUAACUAGACUGUUUUCCCUUCUAAUUUAUGAAAACAGACUGUAGAAAAUUACAGGAAUGGUCUCUGUCUAUAGCAUUGUACAUAUGCUUUCAUAAUACCUAGUUAAUAAUUCUUUCAGCAUUUUGAUAUAUACUUGAGCGGUUAAAAUCAAAAUACUAUUUAUACGUAUACUUGAUAUUUCAUGAAUCUUGUAAAGAAAGAUUUUCUAAAUAGCAGAACUUAUUUUUUGGGCUAAAUAAUCAUGUAAAGAUACAACUUGUCUGAAGGGGAAAAGUCUUU